UCCAACGUGCUAUACACCAGAACAGUGUUGGAAGAAAUGGAGUUCACUGCAAAUUGUGUUCGGAUGCAUCUUGCAGUGUUGAUCAUAAUUAUCGCACAUUUGGACCAAACAGAAGCAUUUGGCACAUCGAAUUAUUGUGCCAAGGGUGUUUGUCGCGAUGACGCAAAGAAACACAUCGGAUGCAACUCCAACAGAAAUUUUUCGCCUACCUGUAUUAAACCAGCAUUAGUUCCCAUGUCAACAAAAAGGAAAAACCUAAUACUGAUGAUGCACAAUCGGCUACGGAAUUUUGUAGCGAGUGGAAGUCUGAGUAAAUUUGAACCCGCUUCAAACAUGUCAUUGAUGGUUUGGGAUGACGAAUUAGCAUAUUUGGCUGAACUGAACGUAAAGCAGUGUAAAAUGAAACACGAUGAAUGUCGUAGUACAGUCAAAUUCAAGGAUGCAGGUCAAAACUUGGCCUAUUCUUGGAAAAGUGGAUCAUUGAAUAAACAUAACCAGAAUAUCCGGCAAAGCAUUCUCGGAUGGUUUAUGGAACACAAAGACGCAAAAAUGGAUCAUAUACGAAAGUACGGACGGGCAACAAAAACAAUUGGUCAUUUUACUGCGAUGGUUCGGGACGUUUCCAGCCAUAUUGGAUGUGCUAUUUCAACUUACGAUCAAACUAGGAAAGGUUUCAAGGGAAAAUCGUUCCUCCUGGCUUGUAACUAUGCCAAUACGAAUUUCAUCAACAAGCCCAUUUACACGGACGGAAAGCCAUGCAGCCAAUGUCCACGAUGUCAUAAUAUCUAUAAAGCUUUAUGUGAUUACAAUUAACCCUUCAUAUAUGAUCCCAAAAGAAAAAUAUCUGUAUAAAAACGUACACUGUCUUCGUUAAAGUUAUUG